AUGACCACCUUAGCCGCUCCUCAUCACGAUGCUCUGGUCAUCUCCCUCCAGAUUGCCAACAUCCUAGUCAAGAGAGUAUUCGUAGACGAGGGGUCCUCGACAAACAUCCUCUUCCUUAAAGCAAUGAAGGCCAUGGGACUUGAUGAAUCAAACAUCAGUAGACGACCAACCAUCCUAGUCGGGUUCAGUUUUGAGCAGAAGUACACCAUCGGUGAAAUCGCCUUGUUUGUCUAUGCUAGUGAAGUCAACAAGCAAACCAUCUUCCUAGUGCUUGAUUGCCCCUCACCGUACAACGUCAUUUUGGGUCAACCCUGUAUCCAUGAAAUGCUAGCUGUCCUAUCCACCUUCCAUCAAACUAUCAGGUUUCCAACAAAAUGGGGAGUAAGAGAAAUCAAAGGUGAUCCUAAGGCCUCUAGAGACUGCUACAAAAACACCUUCAAAGGCAAAGGUCAUGCUUCACAACAACUACAAUCCCAUCCAACCCUUCCGACCGAACGAGAUCAACCAUCCAUGGAAGAGUUGGAUGAAGUGCAGAUAUAUUCAAACCACCCCAACUGA